AUGAAAUUAAGCGAGUUUGAAAUGACAGAUAUUGAAAGUAUUCUUAUGUCUCGUGAAAAUGAGGACUUGAUUUUUCAGAGGUUAUCUGAAAUGAUGGUAGAAUCUCGGACUAAAGCACAAACAUUAAUAACUCAGUAUGUCAAUAAACAAAAAGCAAUACAAAACAAAAUAAAAACAAACCAUGAAACUAUCAAUCAACUCCAGCACCAGAGCAAAGACCAAGAGCGCCAAUUGCAGGAAUGGGCUCUUGAGCAAAAAGUUUUGCAGAAAAAAAUUAGCAAUAACAAUAAAUCAAUUGAUCAGCUGAAAGAAGAAAUCGCGCUUGAGAAAAAUAAAAAAGAAGAACUGACACUCAAAUUAGUUGAUUUGGAAACUGAUCAAGAAAGAUUAAAAAAUGAAAAAAUAAAAAACUAUGAUGCUUUGAAAAGAGCUCUUGGGUUGUACAAGGAGAAAUUAAACAUACAUUUCAUGGUUGAAAUUCUCAAGGACUUUGAUCGUGUUAAGAUAACUUAUUUCCAGAAGGAAAAUCCCAAAAAAGAUUAUUAUUGUAUUCAACUUCUUAAUUAUAAUAAUAUUAUCUGGAAAGUUGAGUCAAUAGUACCGGAGCUAGACAGCAAACACUUGGAAUAUCUGAACUUGGAUUUCACCAAAGAUUACGAGAUCCUGGAAAUAAAUAAAUUAAUUCCAAAAUUACGUCAUCUCUUUGUGGAGCAUUAUUUGAGUCCCUGA